CGCGACGGCGUACGUGCUCCUGGCCAACAUAUACAGUGGUGCUAAAAUGCUGGACGAGAGUGCCAAGAUACAAACCAUGAGAAGAAGUCGUGGUGCUUCUUGAGUUCAUGAGUCUAUGGAUCAAGGCAGGACGCGGAUGCUGUGAAGAAAACUGUUUAAGACUUGGGCUGGCAACAGGCACUCGUCUGGCUUCACCUUGGAUACCUCGCACUCGUUUUUUCUCGAUCGCACUCGAGGAAGAACAAAGUUCUUUGGACAAACCAACCAAGUUGAGACCAAAGAUUGGGAUUUACGAGCUUCUCGAUCAGCUAAGAGUGUGCUGCAUCGCGAAAGACUUGACACGAGGAAGAUCAGUGCACGCCAGAGCCAAUGAAACCGGUGAAGCCUCAAAUCUCUACGUCGCGAACUGCUUGAUCAGCAUGUUCGCAAAAUGUGGCAGCCUGGUGGACGCGAAGAACGUUUUCGACGGCAUGACAUACCGGGACGUUGUGACUUGGAACUCGCUUCUGACGGGAUACGCCGAGCAAAACGAGGGAGAGCUCGUUUUGGAGCUCUUUGCAAGCAUGGCGAUGGCGGGGUGCUCGCCAAAUGCUAGAACUUUCGUCGCAGCACUCAAGGCCUGCUCAAACAUCGCAGUCAGAGAAGAAGGAAAGAAGAUCAACGGACAGUUUCUCAAAGAGAGAGCCCUUGAGAAAGGCCAGGAGAUCCACGCGCAGGCUUUGGCGAGUGGCUGUCCCUCGGAUAUAUUUCUUGCAAGCACGGUGGUGGACAUGUACGCGAGCUGUGGAAGUCUGGACGACGCCUACGCCAACUUUUCGAGAAUGCCCCGGCACAACGUCGUUUCCUGGUCGGCACUGAUGAUGGGAUGCGCGGAGAACGGGCAGCCGGAGCUGGCCUUGGAGCUCUUUCUGACGAUGAAGCAGACCAACCGAGCUCCAAACUCUCGGGCAUUUGUAGCGGCGCUCAAGGCCUGCGCGAAGGUGGCAGUGAAAGAAGAAGCUACUCAAGCAGCCGACGGCCGGGUGAUCAAGAAACGAAGCUUGAGAAAAGGAGUGGCAAUCCACUCGCAGGCAGCCAAGCUCGGCCUCGACUCCAACUUGUUCGUGGCGAGUGCAUUGCUGCUCAUGUACGUGAAGUGUGGGAGUACUUCCAACGCUCGUAGAGUUUUCGACAAAAUGCCCCGGCACGACUUGGUUUCGUGGACGUCGAUGCUGCUCGCCUAUGCCGAGAACGGGGAGGAAGAGCUCGCUCUUGAGUUCUUUACGGAGAUUCCACUGGAUGGCUGCGAGCCUGAUGCGGUGGCCUGCGUCGCUGCUAUCAAGGCUUGCACGAACCUUGCAGCUAGAGAAGAAGGCAAGCUCGUUGACGGGAGAUCGAUGAAGGCGGUGGCUUUGGAGCGAGGCUGUGCUCUACAUUCUCGAGUUGUGAGCUGCCGGUGCGAGACAGAUAUGGCCGUGGCGAUCACUCUCGUCGACAUGUACUCGAGGUGUGGAAGCGUGGAGGAUGCCCGGCGAGUUUUCGACAGGAUGGUCUACAGAGAAGUGGCGCUGUGGAACUCCCUGAUGCUGUGCUACGUCGACAAUGGCGAGGCUCAGCUUGCUCUCGAGGCCUUCGUGUUCCUCCGGCCCGAGAACAGUGCUCCGAAUCCUCUCACUUUCGUGGCGGCGAUCAAGGCUUGCACGAGCCUUGCGGCCGCGGAGAAAGCAUCGCCAGUGAUGGAGCUCGGGGAAAUGAUGAUGGUUAAGUCCGAGUCCCUGGAGAGAGGGAUGAUAGUCCACUCCAAAGCCGUGGGAUAUGGCUGUGAUCGUCAGCUCUUGGUGGCCAGCGCUGUCAUGGACAUGUAUGGGAGGUGUGGGAGCUUGCUCGACGCUCGCAUCGCCUUCGACAAGAGUGGCUCUUGGAACACUGUCUUGUGGAAUGGACUCAUGUUCUGCUACGUCGAAAAUGGGGAGGCCGAGAUGGCCUUGGAGCUUCUCUCGGCGAUGCACAGCAAUGGGUUGGAACCCGACGCUCUGAGCUACGUCUCGGCAUGCAAGGCCUGUGCCAGCCUCGCCUCCAAAGCCAAAGCCACAGCCAACUCCGCGACGGUGGCGAGAUCCUUGGAACGAGGCCGGGAGCUCCACUGCGAGGCUGCCAACUUUGGCUUCUUUUCGGAGAUUUUCCUCGCAAACUCGGUGGUGGACAUGUACGCGAAGUGUGGGAGCAUGAGAGAAGCUCGCCGGGCCUUCGACGCCAUGGCUUUCUACAACGUCGUCUCGUGGACGACGCUCAUACUCGGCUACUCGGACAACCAGGAGGAAAGCUCCGCUGAGGAGCUAUUCCAGAGAAUGAGGAAAGAGUGCGGGGAGUACUGCGAGCCGGAUGCGUUGAGCUACGUUGCCGUGCUGAAGGCCUGUGGAACUUCCGCGGCUGUGGAGACUGUCAAGCUUCUACACGCGGAGAUCUCCCGAAACGAUCGCCUCCAAAAUUCUCUGGUCGCAAGCCUGGUGGACGCGUAUGGAAAGUGUGGGAGCGUGACAAACUCCCAGCUCCUCUUCGACUCGGUGGUGGCGAGGGACUUGGAUCUGGUCACCUGGACAGCGCUUCUCUCGGCUCACAGCCGCGGGGGUGACGCUCACCGGGUGCUCGAGCUCUUCCAGGCGAUGCAAGACGAUGGGAUCGCUCCAAACGGCGUGACUUUCAUCAGUAUUCUCGCGGCUUGCAGCCACGCCGGCCUGGUGGAGCAAGGAAAGCACUACUUUGAGGAGAUGAGCUCGAAGUAUGGGAUUGUUCCAGAGGUGGAGCACUACGUGUGUAUGGUGGACAUGCUGGGACGAGCAAACAAAGUGGAGCUAGCCAUGGAGAUGGUUUCCAGGAUGAAGGUGGAACCGAACGAUGUGGUGUGGAGAACGGUGCUGGGAGCUUGCAAGAGAUGGAAGAACUUGGGGGUCGGAAAGGCUGCUUAUGAGUCGCUGCUUGGGAUCAAGGAAGACUCUGCGGCUUACGUGCUAAUGGAGAGCAUUUACAAGCAAGAAAGGGAGGAUCAAACGCAGGAUCUAGAACACGAGGGGCGGCGGCCGACUUUGCUGGAUUCUUGACAAGAUCUUGGACAACGGCACGACAUUCUCUCCGACACAAGUAGAUCCAGCCAAGGUUGACUUCUACGGUGUUUGAGAAGCUUCCAAAGCCGUGGACUUGUCAAAGGCCGACACGACUUGGAACUCGGCCUUAGAUAAACAAGUAGUUUCGUGGAUGUCAGGGAGUUUCUUCGCUCACCAAGUGGAUUUUUUGGCAGAGAGACUUGACUGAACUACCAAGCGGAAAAAAACGUUUUUGGAUUGCUCGGA